CUGACCCGCAAGUUCCAUAAAAUGUUUCCACUUGUCCAUAAACCAUUUUACGAGCAAUUUCACCUCAGUCCUAUAGAAUCUGCGUUGACACAUCGAAGGUCUAAACCGCUUUCUUCAUCAGUUUACAGCCUGGAGCCAUUAACGGUGUUGGUUGAUUGUUUUUUGGCCAAACUACCUUCAGAGUUCGCAACGGAGUUUGCCUCAACUAUUAAGGAACUCUUCGGAGGUCUAUCCGUGGCCGAGGGGCUUAAACUGGUUUGUAAAAAUAACAAUGAUGAUGGCACUAUGCUGUUACAGACAUGGGUCGACGAGUUGGACGAAGAGAGGAAGCCACGUGCCCGAUUAGCUGUAUGGGAUUGUAUUGAGGCCAAUGCUGAUAUUGUCACCAGCUCGAAAUGAUCGACGAAAGAAGCAGCCAACCGUAACAAUAAUGGCAAAAUGUAAACGCAUUUUGAAUGAGCUCUGAAAUAAAAUACAAAAAAUAUAUUCUAGCUAUUAAGCUCAUAUAAAUUCACCUAUGCAUACGAGCACCUACUCACACUCCGUGUUUUACUCAA